AUGGACGAGGAGAUCACCUUCGGACCAAGGGACGCGGUUCUCCUAGCGUCAGGGAACCACGCGGCCAUCGUGAUAGAUGUUGCAACCAACAACUAUCGGGUGAAGAAGGUGUACCUCGACCAGGGAAGUGCGGUUGACAUUAUGUUCUACCGGGUGUUCAAGGAGCUCGGCUUGGAGGAUGGGCAGUUAACGCCAGUUCGGAUACCCUUGGUGGACUUCACCGGACCGCCCAUCAACCCGGAGGGGAUGAUCACCCUGAUGGCCACGAUAGGGCAGGCGCCCAAGUGUCGGACCAUCCCAGUCAAUUUCGUGGUGGUCAAACAGCCGUCCCCGUACAACGUGUUCUUGGGGCGGCCCUCUUUGAACGCCCUCCGAGUUAUUCCCUCUUCUCUCCACUUUAGCGUAAAAUUUUUCACACCGGGAGGGAUCGCUGAGGUGCAUGGGGAUCCAGAAGUGGCCAGAACUUACUACCUAACCUUACUCCGGGAACAGGAGAAGGUGGUCUCCCAAACGACCAGUUUGGAGCCUUACAUCCCGGGGGACGAAGCACGGCAGUUGGGCACCCAGAACGAUAUCGAGGAGUUCCCCUUGAGGCAGGACCGGCCCGACUAG